UGGUUGUGAGGUUUGGUGACGCGUCUGGCAGGCACCGACGCUCCAGCCACCGGGAGGGCGGAGUUAACCAACUUUCACACACUGGGGUUGAGGUGGACGACGGAUAGAUAUGUGUUCAGGAGCACCGGUGGACCCGUUGUGAGGGUUAAAGUUCUGUUUUUUCUUAAUCUGUGGAUGAGUUCAUAGCUUUUGGCGCAGCGUCAAAAUGAUGCGCUUCCUGCUGCUCUUUAGUCGCCAGGGGAAGCUGCGUCUGCAGAAGUGGUUCACACCAAUGGCAGAGCGUGAGAAGAAGAAGAUCAUCAGGGACAUGACCACCAUGGUGUUGGCAAGGCAACCACGCUCCUGUAACUUCCUGCACUGGAAAGACCUGAAGGUUAUAUACAAGAGGUAUGCAAGCUUGUAUUUCUGCUUGGCUGUAGAUAACCAGGAGAAUGAGCUCUUAGCCCUGGAGGUUAUUCAUCGCUACGUGGAGCUGCUGGACAAAUACUUUGGCAAUGUGUGUGAGCUGGACAUUAUCUUUAACUUUGAGAAGGCCUAUUUUAUCCUGGAUGAGUUUCUAAUGGGAGGCGAGAUACAAGAAACCUCCAAACAGAUGGUGAAUCGCUCCAUCGAAGCCUCAGACAUGUUACAGGAGGAUGACAACAGUGAUUGGUAUGAGGUGGAGCUGUUUGGAUGACCUUGAAUAUGGACAGAAAGACGAUGGAGGAGUAUAUGAGCAAACCUGCGUUUUAACCUGUGAUGGAAAAAAAGGACUUAAAAUAACAACGGGAAGAAAUGCAGAAACCAAACGUACUGUAUAUGAGCUAAAGACGUUUCUGAAUAUGAAAAUGGGAUUUACUUCCAUCGAACAUUUUUAAAAGAAGAAAUGGGCAUACUGAAAAACUGCUCGCCUUCUGUGUGAAGCAUUUGGAAGUUAACUUCAUUUGAGAAAACAUCUAAUAUUUGUUCAUAGUCAUUCUGCUCAACUGAAGAAGGAGGAGGGUUGAUUUUACGUGGAUUUCUGUUAUUAAAUUCAAAUGAAGUAGUAUGUAAUCAGGUAAUGAAAACAUAACCAUGAAGUGAUUUUAGAUUUCUACACUUGUUUCAUUUAUAUUUAAAUUUAAAUCAUGUAUUAAUAUAUUGGGAGUGAAUGGUUCGGUCUGAAAACAGGAAAAAAGUGCUACUACAGUCAAUAUUUCACAAAAACUCUGUCUUCAAAAACAUAUUUAUAAUUAUAAAUCAUUUAUUUCAAAUGAGGUUGAAAUUGACAGUAGUGUUUUGAAUCUGUAUAACCUAUUACCCGUGUGUGGGACCAUUCAUUAGUCUUUUAAAAGGAGCCGUCUCUAGUGUGGGUGUCUCUGAUUUUUUUUUUUUUUUUAUAACGUACAAUGUGUGUUGUUUGAGUUUGUGAUUAAAAUUUGUAUUUUGAUAAA